AUGAAAUCGGAUGUCAAAAAUGAUGAACACCACGAUGGAUAUAAUGGCAUUGGUGGAUAUUCUGGUGAUGGACAUGGUGAAUAUAAUAGUGGAUAUAAGCCUCGAGGUGGUGGAAAUAAACCUCCACACGAGGGAUACAACCCUUCAAGUGGCGAAUACAAUUCUCCACAUGACAAAUAUAAACCUCCGAGUGGCGAAUACAAACCUCCGAGUGGUGAAUAUAAACCUCCUAGUAACGAGUAUAAACCUCCAAGUGGCAAAUAUAACCCUCCACAUGACAAAUAUAAACCUCCGAGUGGCGAAUACAAACCUCCGAGUGGUGACAAAUAUAACCCCCCUAGUAAUGAAUACAAAUCUCCAGGUGACAAGUAUAACCCCCCACAUGAUAAAUAUAAACCUCCUAGUGAUGAGUACAAACCUCCAAGUGACAAAUAUAAACCUCCUAGUGAUGAAUACAAACCUCAAAGUGAUGAAUAUAACCCCCCACAUGACAAAUAUAAACCCCCUAGUGACGAAUACAAACCUCCAGGUGACAAACAUAAACCCCCUAGUAACGAAUACAAACCUCCAGGUGACAAGUAUAACCCCCCACAUGAUAAAUAUAAACCUCCUAGUGAUGAAUACAAACCUCCAGGUGACAAAUAUAAACCCCCUAGUAACGAAUACAAACCUCCAGGUGGCAAGUAUAACCCCCCACAUGACAAAUAUAAACCCCCUAGUGACGAAUACAAACCUCCAGGUGACAAAUAUAAACCCCCUAGUAACGAAUACAAACCUCCAGGUGGCAAGACCUUCAGGUGA